AAUUAAAAUUAAUCUAAUCAUUUGAUUAAAAAAAUCCAUUUUAAUAAUUUAAAAUGAACGUCCAAUUGAAAGGAGAACGGCCGUUAAGUUAACUGCCGCCGCUCCCGCCUUUUCACUCGCUGUUCUGUCUUUACACACGCCCGUUCGUUUAUUUAAGCCCUGCGAUGAUCCAACAUGUCUCUUCCUCUUUCACUCUCUCAAGCACCGGUUGGUGCUUGAGAGACAGACCACACACUUCAUUCCCCUCUGAAAAAGAGCCCUACUUCGAGUUCUGGAACUUCCACCAAUGGCGGAUCCGAGCACCGGCGCGCCCGAUGACCCGUACCAUGACCCUUACGAUGGUCCUUUCACCGAGGAAGAACUCUUCAACGUCAUCUCGGACUUGAACCCGAGUCUCGUGGAUUUAUCCCUCAGUGAUCCCGUCGUUGACGUUAAUCCUCCUCCUGCGUCAAUGGAGGCUGGUAACGCUCAUAAUCCUCGAGAAUUGGAAGCGAUGACGGAUCCUCGUGGAUCGGACAAUGACCAGACACUGUCGUGGAUGAAUAUCGGACAGUUGGGCCGUGAAAAUGUCGGAGAGGGAAACAAAUUAGGGGAGGGCAGUACACUCGAAGCGAGCAGUUGGGAGAUGAGUAAUGAUCGAUCGAACUGUUAUGAAGCCGGCGAAACUUCGAUGCCUGCCUCUGUUCGUCGGACAUCAUCCGAGGAUGUGUUCGUCUGUAGUUGUUGCCAACUUCUUCGAGAAUUCAUUCACACCAACGGCCAACAGAUCACGAGACUCGAAGUUCACGGAAGAAUCGGGAAAAUCUGCCACGCAAAUCUCGAGGUUCAACCCGACGCUGCAACUUCCGAGGAGUAUCAGUACCAUACAUUCCAGUUAAGUCUGUCUAUCUCUCCUGUUCCUGAUAACAACGUCAACAUGGAUGGAGAUUCUGUCUUAAAAUCAUAUUUUCUGCGGUUUCUGAUACAACUGACUAGUGCAGUUUCAAUGAGCAAAGCAACGAGAAAGUGAAGGAGUUUAUAUAUGGAGCAGUACUGUGCGGAGAGGGUUGAAGCCGGUUUCGUGAUGGUUCAAGAUUCACUCGCCUCUUUCUAUCAGAUGAUGAGCAUUGGUUUGGACGUCGACCGCCCACAUGACAUUGAAGCUUUCGACCAGAACUUACCAAACUCCGGUACAUAUCUAUAUAUACGCUCAUAUCUUUCUUUUAACUGGGGCAUUAUCAAUAAUGCCCUUAAAAUGCUACUUGUACUUCAUGGAGUACCCUUGUCUCAGAAAAAAAAAAAUAACCCCUUCACAUAUACCCUCUCCAUAUGUACAAUUUCCAUU